AUGUGGAGCUGCUGGCAGUUCUUCAGCUGCAGCAGCCUGACGAGGAAAGCAGGAGUAGAGUUACGAGCAUCCAUGUUCCUCUACAUGUUCAUCUUCAUGUUCCUCUACAUGUUCAUCUUCAUGUUCCUCUACAUGUUCAUCUUGAUGGCGUAUCACAGCAGCAGAUGGAUACCAAGGAGUCAGAGGAUAAAAUUUCAAAUAGUGAAUGGCGUGUUCGCAGCAGUGGUCCUGGUGCCUCAGCUCUACGUCCUGGGAAGGCCCAGAUCCUGGAGAUACUGCAAGCAGCCUCUUCUAAACAACCUGUCAGCCUCCAUAGCCUCGUCCUUCAUAGCUUCAGGUUUCUCAGUGAUAUUCACGUUGAUAGACCCGGUUCCUCAGAGCUUGUGGGCUUCCUAUCACAUGUUCGGGCUGCUGACAUGCGUUCAGGGAUUGUGCACCGUCAUCCUGACUCUGUCUGCUGCAGCAUGUGCCAAAACCACCACUGAGCUGUACUACAUGUCCCUUAUUCUCACUGUUGCUUCUAUUUUCAGUACAGGUGAAGUAUUUUUUUUAAAUUAAAUUAUACCAUUUAUAAAGUGGAUUUUCAGUUCAAAGGAGUAACACCUGCUUGUGUCUGUUUUAGUGUUCUUCAUGGUGAGAGGAGGACUCUGGCUGACUAAUAGGAAGUUUGUGGCGGAGGCGAGCAGAAACAAUGAGCGGUGAAGCGGUGAAGCUUCCAGCUGUCCACGUCGACAUCUGAUCCUCCACAUAUUAACAUUUCAUGUGGUUUUCAUGCCAGCAGCCGCCGGUAACUUUAAACCAUGGGAAAGGGACUUAAUCCAGCUCACGUUUUAUCGCUCACUUCAGAGAAAAAAACAUCACAAAGCAGGUGUUUGUCUUGAUUGUUCUGCUUUUUUUAUUUCUUUGACAUUUGUUCCACAAUCAGUCAGUCAUUGGAGGCUAAUCAGUAUUUUCCACAGUAGAUUCUGUUUAAUUAUACAAAUAGAUA